AUGGCAACUCUAGGAAGAAUAAGAGGGUACGACGUUUGGUUGAGAACAGGAGAUGAUGAAGUGAAGGUCAAAGUGAGUGACAUUUUAAGGAUUGAUGUAACUAUUGGUGUUCGAUAUAUACAUUCUGUUCAUAGCAUUGAAACAACCUUAUUAAAAGAGUCGAUAUCCAUUAGCUGUCAGAAUUUCAUCCAAAAUAAUCAAGAUUUCUUAAGGAGCUUCAUGUUCGACCCACGCUGCUCUACCUCCUUCAGUCCAGCAAGUAUUGAUCUUUAUCGUUUGUCAGAAGAAAUUGUUGAUAUGAGUAUAAAUAUCAUAGAAUUUGGAUGUGAUUCAGAGUAUGUAGAUUCAAAAUGUCAGGAAUUACCUUUGAAAUUUGACAUCACGGUGGAAAUACUUCCUCCAGGAGAAACAACAAUGAUUCCACCAUCUAAAGGAGCCAUUGAUUCCCUCAACACGUUCACACCUUCAUCUUCUUUAAGAGAGGGAACUCAGAACUGCAGCAUUUGCAUGGAAGAUUUGUGUUUCAGAGAGAAGUUAUUGUCGAUGCCUUGUAACCACGUUUUCCAUCAUCUGUGUAUUGUAGAGUGGCUCAAGAUUAGUCGCACUUGUCCCUUAUGUCGUUAUCCUAUACCUCAUUUGUAA